AUGUCUGGCGUCAAGAAUAUGAUCGUUCACCUGAAUCAUGGAAAGAAAUUGGACCACAAGUCUGCUUGUUAUGAAGAUCAUGGACUCCACCACCAACCGUUCACAGCCACCAGCGACAAUGACAGUCUAUCGACCACAACUUCUCAAGUUCUCCUCCAUCCAGUUCUAUGGCUGCUCUUGGCUUCGAACCUAGCAAGAAGAUCGAUGGUCGUAUUACGGGAGCGUCGUCGGCUAGGAAUGUUGUCCACCGUCUCCAAGCUCUACUCCGAGAAUGUUGUCCACCACCGCAAAGCCCGACUUAUAUGUGGCAUGAAUUUCAAUUUGAGGCACAUAAGGGUUAUUGAGCGAUUCAUAAGCAUAAAGAUGUUAUUAAGCUUGUUGAGGAAGAUGGCAAUUUGGAUUCUAUUUUGGAGAAUGCUUGACCCGAUCUACCAACAAGAAGCCAUUGAUGGCUUGCUUCCCAAGAAGGGAUUAUACUAAUGAAUAAUAGACUGAGAAGGCAGAAAAUUGGAAGCAAUUUCGAUCGGAAUUACCACUAAACAGGUAUGAGUUUGAUUUAUUGAUUUAUAGCAUGGGUUAACAUUGAAUUACGAUAUUGUUUUAGCGGGUUGAGUCCACCAAUUUAAACCCUUAAAUCUAAUUUGUUUCAUUUCUAGAACCUAAUUAUCUAGUUUUUGAAUUUAUGAUAUCUUAUCCACUUCCCGAGCAUAAAAUGGUGUCUAGUCUUAGUGUAGCU